AUGGUUCUCCCCUCGCCGCUUAAUGACGUGAGCAGAGAUGACCUCCCGAUCCAUUUACUUCAUACUUUAACAGAUCACACGGAUGAAGUCUGGUUCACAAAGUUUUCCCCUCUGGGCCGCUUCUUAGCUACAGGCUCUCUAGAUGGGACCUGCAAUAUCUAUGACGUUCAGAACGGGUUUGCUCAGAUUGCAGAAUUGGACGCUAACGCCGAGGACCAAGAAAGUGUCUUCGCCAGCGGAACUCAUAAGCCUGCUCUAGAUAAGAAGAAGGGAAUCAUCUACUUCUGUUGGGAGCCUCAUGAGAGAUACAUCGUCACUUGCUGUCUUGACACUGUAAUCAGAGUCUGGCAUGUGGAGAACAUUACGCAAAGCAAGAGAAUUACUAGAUCCAUGGACGACACCAAACUCACUUCCCUUCUUUGUUGCUUCACACUUGGCGAGCGCAUGCGUACAUGGCCAUGUGAAUUCAUGCCAUACAAGAAAAGUGCCACCCCACAUUUCAUCGUGGGAUCUCCUGAUAAAGUCCUCAAAGUGUUCACGGUCGAAGGAACUGAGGUGCUCGACUUUUACAGUGAUGCCGACGAAUGGCUGGCCGUCCUUGACGAGGAAUCCACCCAGCAAUCAGCACAGAACUUACCCGGAAUUACGGGGAGUUAUAUUCGCUCAGAUCCUGACAUUUCUGGAUCGUCAGCCACCGGGAACGAUACAACCGCUAAUGCUGCCUCUGGAGGAGAUGAAAAAAACUCCGAUACGUCUCUGCAACAAUUUCACCGUAUCAACGACUUUGCUAUUACGGCUAAUGGGAAAGUGCUCAUAACUGCAAACAAUGAUAAGCAGGUAUUCUUUUACAAAAUACCGGAUUUAUUCGAUCCUGCUGCCACCACUUCUCGCAUUGCUUCGCUAAGUCUCAAUGGCAGAUUGACUUCAUGCACUGUGUCCGCUGAUUUCAAAUACAUGUUAUUGAGCAUAGCUCCUGAAGAACUACAGCUUUGGGAUAUUUCUCCCUUGGAGCAAUAUCAAAGACCUUUCUUGAAGCAGAAGUUUGUUGGUCAAAGCCAGGCAACCUAUAUGGUAAGAUCGUGUUUCGGUUAUCUUAACGUUGCUGAAAACAAGGAAGAAUUGAUUCUUAGUGGUAGUGAUGACGGCAAUAUCUACAUUUGGAAGUUGGAAACUGGUCAGCUCGUGACAAGAAUCAGGGGACACCAUGGGCUUUGUAACUCUGUGGACUGGAAUAGAUUUUAUAAGCCCGUUGGCCAAGGCAAAGACUACGGCAUGCUUUGGAGUUCAGUGGGUGACGAUAAACUCGUCAAGAUCUGGGGUCCUAAGGCUUCAUAA